GUGGACUUGCACAUUAACUACAGGGAAAUACUCUCCACCUGACUUCUCUAUCCAGUGAUAUGGCAGGGAGAGGAUGGGCAGCCCCACCGCCCCCACCGUCCUAUCAGAAUGUUUGGAGCGGAGGGGACCUGCAGCCACCGAGCUACGAGGAAGCUCUCCUGGACACAGAAACUCACCCUUUACAGGCUGCAGCCCCACCAGUUACUGCUUCCUCUGGCUUCAACCCAUUUUAUCCUCCCGUACCUGGCUAUCAACCACCUGGGCCCUAUCCUCCCGUACCUGGCUAUCAACCACCUGAGCCCAAUCCUCCCGUACCCGGCUAUCAACCAUCUGGGCCCUAUCCUCCCGUACCUGGCUAUCAACCAUCUGGGUCCAGCUCACUCCCAAGGCCUCAAAGAAGAGAUUCGCUUGAAGCUCAACGUGUCAUGAGUAAUGAGGAACUCAUGGCGUGGUGGAGAACUGUGAAAUCAUGGGAGAAAAUGUCCCAGUCUCCAGACACAGAGCCUAGAAUGUUGGCUAAGAAAGUCCACCGUGUCCAGCGAGCUGUUCAGCUGUACCGGCUCCUCAUGUCCACCCACGGAGUAACCUUGCAGAAUCACAUCGGCGAGAUGAACAGGACCGCCGACCACAUCAGCAAGGCCUACAGCAAGUUGAAGGCAGCGGGUGCCACCGGUGGCGCGACAAGGGCUGUGGGCAGCGCUGCAGCCGUGACAGGCAUCGUGCUGGCCCCCUUCACCAUGGGCGCCUCGCUGGCCAUCACGGCGGUGGGCGUAGGGGUGGUGGCGGCAGACGGCCUCACCAAGGCGUCCAUCAAGAACAAGGUGGCCAUCGACCACGACAAGAGGGCGCUGGAGGCCCUGGUGCAGGACUACCGCAAGAAGCUGGAGGACAUCGAGAGCUGCCUCCAGUUCAUCUACACGGGGAUGGAGCACAUCGGACGGAACCACCUCUCCAUCUUAAAAGGCGUCGACAUGGACACCAGCCGAGUGGCCAGCAUGCUGGGGCUGUCCGGGGAGGUGGCUUUAGGGCUGGGCGUGGCGGGCAAGUCGUCUGACCUCCUCCGAGGGUUCGCAGGGGGCAUCGGCACCUUCUACAGCAAGAAGGACAACCAGCGCCUGAAGAAGGGCAAAGAGAACAAGUUUGCCAAAACGCUACGCAAGGUGGCAGCCCGACUUCAAAACACACAAGAUGAGCUGACUCGCGUUUCAGAUUCACUUGGCAGGUUUUGAUAUGUUACAUGUCCAGACGUAACAACAUUUAGAGGACAUAUAAAAGAGUUGCCACUUUGUUUUAAUUCUUUUGUGGUAUUAAUGAAUUACAUUACACAACAAUGAAGUUAGAGAUGAAAUCCUGUUUCAUUAUAGGUUAAUCCUGAAAUUGUGAUUGUAAACUUUGAUUAGCUUGUUGCAUAACUUGACAAAAUGGAACAUGUGCCAACGCUUUGUUAAAUAACUUCCUCCUUUUUUUCCAGAACAUUGUUCCUGAAACAAUACAGCUGUUGUUACCCAUGUACAUGUACUUUUUUCUUGAUACCUAAGAAAACACGGUUACACUUUACUUGAAGGUAUCUACAUAAGAGUGUCAUAAACAUGUCAAAAGUCAUAAAUGUAUAUGACAUAACGCUUCACUCCCUUCUGUCAAGUGUCAUUCAGUUUUGUCAUGACAAGUUAGGGUUAGGUUAGGGUUAGGUUUAUGACAGUGUCAUGUCACUCUUGUGUAGAUACCUUCAAGUAAAGUGUUACCGAAAUCCCUUGUAAAAGUGGGAUUUUUAUGCGUGUGAAUUCUCAUUGCCUUCAGCUGUAGAUAAUGAAUGCACUUUUUUAAUAUAUUAAGCUAUUUGAAUAUACUAUGUAUAUUAUUACUGUGUAAAUGUGUGAAUCAGUAUGAUUACUGAGAGACUGUUCCACUGUGUACAGAUACUAUACCCCUGUAAAUAAACACUUUUCCUGCAACCUCA